UUAAUGCCACGCGAGAGCUAUUUUUAGCGAUGAGGUUUUCCCGAAAGGCUGUUGUCACAACAAUGGCGUCGAGUGAGCACCGACUGAUACAAGCAUGCGACCAGAAAUAGAAAGUCUGAAAUCCUACCCAGCGAAAUGAAUGACGAUGUCAUGUCCAUUGGGAAUGUGAACUGUCCUAAUUCUGCGACAAAAAUUGUCAGGAUUGUUCACAUUUCUGAUACUCACCAUGCACAUAAUACUCUUACACCUCUUCGACCAUUAAGUGGCAACAUUGCUAUACUCAGGAGUACCAGCAUUGAUUCCCCCAACCAAAUAAUUGAUGAAACUGGUGCAGAUGCUUUUGCCAGGUCAGCGUCAGCUCGAUUGCAAAUGCAAGCAAGUGAAAGUAAUGAUUCCUCAUUUCAUAAAGGAGGAACAUUUCUUAGUAGUUUUAGAAGGUCACACUCAAGCUCUACCAGUGUUCCUCCUGGAGAUGUUCUCAUUCACUCUGGCGAUUUUGCUUGGAAUUCAAAAGCUCCCGGACUUUUUCGUUCUGAAAAUUUCGAAGAAAUUAUUCAAGCAAUGAAUGACUUUUUCGACAGGUUUCCCCACAAAGUAAAAAUAUUUGUAGCUGGGAAUCAUGAAGCUUCUUUAGAGGGUAAGAAACUCCUCUCAGUGCAAGAACGUUUAACUUCAGCUGUUUAUCUCUACAACUCCUCUUACACUUACGAAGGUAUUCAUUUUUACGGUGCUCCAUACACGCCUUUUCGCUUGACAACUAACGCAACAGGAUUUCAGCGUCACUCAAGAAGUAUUGCAGCUCACUGGAGAGAAAUCCCUUCCCGCACCGAUGUACUUAUCACUCACACUCCACCUCAUGGUAUUCUUGACCUUGCCACAGACUUCACGGCCAGAAAAGUUCCCAAGUUGUCAUCUGCCAUCCAUCGACUCCUCCCAAAAGGCCCUUGCAGUACCUGUGGUAUCAUUCAUCCAGGUCGCAGUCACUGGGGCUGCCGGCAUCUCAGGGAAGAAGUUUUGAUCAGAAUCAAGCCAAAGCUUCAUCUGUUUGGUCACGUCCACGAGUGCAAUGGAAUUACCACCAAAAACGGAGUCACUUUUUCCAACGCAGCCUACAAGUUGUCUAAACAACACCAUGUGUUUGAUUACUACGUUUCAUGAUGAAAUGCAAAGAUCGUCAAGGCCAUGUGCGUUUACAUCAGCAGCUGUCUGCUUUUCAUACACUAACCAGACAAUUUUUUUUUGCGAUGGACACACAUGAUAACUUGUGUCAGAAAGUUGAAUGUUAUGUUCUGAACUGCUGUUAUUCAAUGUUGAAGUUAAUUGAGUAAUCAGUAAAAUUUCAAUGCUGAAUGAUGUGGCGUCAAGCAUUUAAGAUGAAUUUUUUUUAAACUGUAUUAAAGUUGGGCUGUCAAAUACCCAUGGUAAGAGAAAAACUUCAUUUUAAUACAUCAUCAGUAGUACUGUUGAUUUGACUAAUUAAUUAAUUCCAUUUUGACACUGAUUGCUCAGAAAUAUAUAUAUUAAAUUUACUAAUGCAGUCAACAUACAUUACAUACUGUACAUGCACUGACAAUCUUAAAAAAGGAAGACAUUUUUCUCUACUUACAUUUUUGUUCUUGUACACUUUUUAAUUACCCUUUGGUAUUGGAGGAUUUAUCUGUAAAACAUUUACAGCACAAAUAUAUAUUAUAUUAUUGUUGGAUUCUGUAUAAUUUACACAAAACUUUGGCGGGUGAAUAGGUACUUUUUACCUUGUUUUUGUGGAAUACUAUUACUUCAUUGACCCUUUCUCUGUUGGAAAAAAAAUAUUACUACUAAUUAUAUUAUUAUGGUAUAACAUGAAUGUUGCCCCUUUGGUCUAAUCGACACUGGACAAAUUAGACUAACUCUAACGAAGGUUAAGUCAUUUAUGGAUGAUGUCACGCAAUAAUUCUAGAGAGCUGCAGCUUAGUCUGAGCCUUAUUGAGAUUUAUUUCUUCUUUUGCUCAAGUCUUGAUUGUAUUGUAAUAGCUGUCUACAACUUGACUGGCAGUCAAAGUGAAAAUUUUUGUUUGGUCCAAUUACUUUAUUUUAUACAUGUGUCAGUUGCAGUAUUGUUUUUGCACAUGUUAGUUAUUUUUCUAUCUAAAUCUAAGCCUAUGUUAUUUCUUGAUUGGUGUCUUCCAAGUUUUGGCACUCUGUUGGUAUCAUGGUGGACGAUGAACCAGAUUUUGUAAUUAUUUUCAAAUAUAUCUAUUUUUUCAAUGAACUGGGACGAAGACAUGAAGAGAGGUGCAAAAUAAAAAUA